AUUUGUUGGGGGCGGAGCUCCAACGGGAGCUACCCGCGAGUCGUAGGUGCCCAGCGUAACGGCGUUGGCUGAGCGGCCGCUCGGAGGAGCGUAACCGUGGCCAUGAAGGAAGAAAAGGAGCACAGGCCUAAGGAGAAGCGAGUAACCCUGUUAACACCUCCGGGGGCCACAGGAAGCAGCGGUGGGGCUUCGUUGGAAGGUGCCAAAGGGGACGAUAAGCAGGACCGCAACAAGGAGAAGAAAGAAGCUCUAAGCAAGGUGGUAAUUCGAAGAUUACCUCCCACUUUGACCAAGGAACAGCUUCAGGAACAUCUUCAACCUAUGCCUGAGCAUGAUUAUUUUGAGUUUUUUUCUAAUGACACUAGUCUGUAUCCUCAUAUGUAUGCCAGAGCAUACAUCAACUUUAAAAACCAAGAGGACAUUAUUUUGUUCAGGGAUCGCUUUGAUGGUUAUGUAUUCCUUGACAAUAAAGGUCAGGAAUAUCCUGCUAUAGUAGAAUUUGCACCUUUUCAAAAAGCUGCAAAAAAGAAGACUAAGAAAAGAGAUACCAAAGUUGGGACUAUUGAUGAUGAUCCAGAAUAUAGAAAAUUUUUGGAGACUUAUGCCACAGAUAAUGAGAAAAUGACAUCUACUCCAGAGACACUGCUAGAGGAAAUAGAAGCCAAAAACAGAGAAUUAAUAGCUAAAAAGACAACCCCACUAUUGAGCUUCCUGAAAAACAAGCAGAGAAUGAGAGAAGAAAAGAGGGAAGAAAGAAGAAGGCGAGAAAUAGAAAGAAAAAGACAACGAGAAGAGGAGAGAAGGAAAUGGAAAGAGGAGGAGAAAAGAAAAAGGAAAGAUAUAGAAAAGCUAAAGAAGAUAGAUAGAGUUCCAGAAAGAGACAAAUUAAAGGAUGAACCAAAGAUUAAGUUACUCAAGAAACCAGAAAAAGGAGAUGAAAAAGAGUUGGACAAAAGAGAAAAAGCCAAGAAACUGGACAAAGAGAAUCUGAAUGAUGAAAGACCCAGUGGGCAAAGUUGUAUACUGCCCAAGCAUUCUGAAGGCGAAUUUAAAGAUGAAAAGCCAAAGAGAUCUGAAGAUGAGAGUUGCAGAGACUAUAGGGAGAGGGAACGAGAUUACGAACGAGAUCAGGAGCGCAUUUUCCGUGAGAGAGAGAGACUAAAGCGGCAAGAAGAAGAGCGCCGAAGGCAGAAAGAGCGCUAUGAGAAAGAGAAAGCUUUUAAAAGAAAAGAAGAAGAGAUUAAAAAAGAGAAAGAAGCAUUUCGUGAUAAAGGAAAGAAGAAUGAAAGUACAGAAUCAAUAGGCAGCUCAGAAAAAUCUGAAAAGAAAGAGGAAGUGGUUAAGAGAGACCGCAUAAGAAACAAGGAUCGUCCAGCAAUGCAGCUCUACCAACCAGGAGCUCGAAGCCGAAAUCGACUUUGUCCCCCUGAUGACAACACCAAGUCUGCAGAUUCAGCCACACAAAGAAAGGAGGAAAGUGGUAUUAGCCAUAGAAAAGAAGGAGGAGAGGAGUGAUAAGUUCACAUGGUCAUAGGUGUCCUGACUGUGUAGGCAGCCAAAGAGCACGUAUUAAGCAAUCCAGAAGUGCCUUCAGGGCAAAGGAAUAGAGAGAAAGAAAGAGGGUCGCUGUGCUGGUGGGAUACACUGCAGAGGAGUAUGUUUUGUGUCAAAGCAGGAAUCUGAUUGCAGGCUCAGAAUUGGAAGUACAAUUUCAUUGUUUUUGCAAUUUCUACAGAUUAAUUUUAAAGUGUCAGAAAAAGAUGGUGGUAGAUAUGCCUUGUAAUUUACAGGUGGGAAAUGUUAAGUGAGGACUUAAUUUAAUAUGACAUGAAAAAAGAGAGAGCAAGCUGGCUCUAAAAUCAAAAGGUGUUACUAAUCCUGGAUUGAAUUUUCUGCAUUUGAGUGGAGCAGAGUCACUUUGAAGUCUUGUUCAGAUCUACUUAUAUUCCAUUGUUGGUGAUAACUAUUGACUUUGUGUAGUGUAAGAGCAACAAGCACAUAAUUGUACAAGUACAGUGAAGAACAAAUUUUUACUAAUGCAAAAAAAUUUCUUUUGAUGCAAAAAUUUUAAAUUUUAAAUAGUCACAUUAUAUCUAGAUCCUAUGUCCUAAAAUUUUAGGAUUAGUGUUAGGUUUUUGUUUGCUUACGUGAGCUUAGCAUCAAUAUUUUUAAACAUCUCAUUUCGCCUUUAGCAUUUUUUUUCUAUUAAUAGGUAUAAUAUAGUCCAUGUUUGAUUCUUGACAAUACAGUCUUUGUUUUAUAUUAAGUCUCAUGACUUGAGUGCAUACUCUCUUCAGGAAGGAAAUUACACCAAUAUCUGUUCCUGUAAAAUAGCAGCUUUUAGUCCUGGCUUAUUUUGUAGUGCUUUCAAUAAAUAUCAGUAGCACUCAAGUA